GUCAUAUUAAACAAGUUGAUCUUUUUAUGAUAAUUAUAUGUAAAAUUAUAUUAUUUUUGUGAGCGACGCUUGCGCAAUUAUUAAUCGUCAUUGUUCACAAGGGUUGAAUGAGAAGGGUGCCCCGCCCUUGUGUUUACGCCGAUAAAAUAUAUCAAAAAAAUUAAUGAACGAUUUAAGAACAUGAGCGGCAGGGCUCAGAAUGCUGACAUGUGCACAAAAACCGGCAGCAUACAUGAAUUAGGGACAUGGCGCGUUUGGCAAAAUAUUAUACUAGGACAAUUUUUAUCGGUUAUAGUCUGUGCAAUUAAUACUUUGGCGCACUACAUGAGCAUGGGAUCAAGCGAGGUACUUCCCACAGGACAGUCUUUCAUACAUUAUUUGUUUUUGUGCGCAAUUUACACUAGCUGGCUUGCAUUCCGAAGAGGAGAUAAAGGCUUAUUUUCCAUUAUUAAAGCGCGCGGUUGGAGAUAUUUAUUGCUUGGUAUAAUAGAUGUAGAAGCCAAUACUCUUAUGAGCACUGCUCACAAAUACACCACCCUUACCAGUAUUCAGUUGCUUGGAUGUGUAGCAAUUCCUGUAGCGUUGGCUCUAAGCUGUCUGAUACUGGGAGUGCGUUAUAGAAUGGUACACAUUAUUGCCGUGUCGGUAUGUCUUAUAGGUGUUGGUUGCCUUGUUUGGGCAAAUAUAGAAGAUACGAAAAUCGACGGCAAAAACCAAUUAGUCGGAGAUAUGCUCUGCCUGGGAGGAUCGGUUUUGUUUGCAAUUGUAACUGUGUUACAGGAACUGUCUGUCAAAAGUACAGAUAUCAUUGAAUAUUUAGGAUUCUUGGGUUUGAUUGGCAGUCUAGUCAGUGGGGCUCAAAUGUUUGUGCUUGAAAGGCAGACUCUAGUACCUUCAAUAUGGAAGAAUUCCAGUGCUCUAAUUUCAUCAUUUUCGGCUUGCCAAUUCAUAUUUUGUACAUUUUCUAGCGUGUUUUUGGUCAAUAUGGGGACAACUGCAUUACACUUGUCUUUACUGUCUGGAAAUUUUUACACUUUACUUUUAGGCAUUCCUUUAUUUAACUUUAAGUCCCACGCAUUAUACUUUUUGUCAUAUUCACUGUCAAUUACCGGAAUUCUCAUAUACUCAAUAAAACCAACUCCCCUAGGAACACAGAAUGUGUCUGCAAAUAGGCCUUUAAACAAUCAACUAAAUAACAGAUCUGAAUGCCAGUUACCCGAACACAUUAUUACUGAUAGCCCUGACCAGAUGAAUGAAGUGCUUUCCACUUUUGGUACCCUAAAUAGUAAUGACACAUUCCUUCUGAGUCAUAGCACAAACACUACUUUCACAUCUUUUUAUGGAAGUCACGAUAUUAUCAAUAAUCAAACAACUGCAACUUAAAAGAUUUUUCUGAAAUUGAUCAUUUUUAAAUAUCUGGAUAGUAAUAGAAGGUAAGGUUGCAAAUAUGAAUUUUGGAAAGUUGUCGAAAUUUACUCUGGCAAAUGAAGUGGAACAUAAAACGCAGCGUGUAGAGCGGAAUGAGAGUUAAGAGUUGUGCCAAAUUAUCUCCUUACUGUAGUAAGUAUUCCCUUAUGUGCAGACACUGUAAUCCCUAGAGCAUUAUGCAUUACCAUACGUAUACUCUAUGCAACGAAACUUUUCUACCUUUGUAUAAUUGGCAACGGAAGAAUUUGACGUAAAUACCCACUUACAACUAAUUUAUACAAUUUGUCU